AUGCAGCCGCUGGCGGAGAGGAGGAGAGGGCUAGGGCCGAUUAAGCAGAGGGAGAGGUGGACGCCGCCGGCGAUUGUGCCAAAGACUGAUGAUGCUGUCAGUGAGGGCUCGCAGAGUGUUACGCCGCCUGCUUUGACGCCUGCUGGGGAGUUGCAGUUGUCUAAGGGAUUACCGCCUGAUAUCUCGUUUGAUGUUCUGCCCGUGGAGAAUGAAGUUGCAUCUGCAUCACCAACGAGCUUCCCAGACAUACCACCAGAAGACUUGAUCCACCCCAUCGCCCUCCCUCAAUACCCCCAAGAUGCGUCCUCACAGCUCAUUCUAUACCCAACACCCUCCUUCGAUCUUCUUUCCCUCUUUCCCUCAUUCUCCUUCACAAACCCAACCGAGCCCGCCCCUUCAAUCGGGAGCGACGACGUCCAAGCCAUGACAUUCCACUCCACCGUCCUCGCACCCAUGAAAUCCACACAGAAAGCCGCUCUAUCAGCGCACUCCAUCUUUCUCAACUUUGCAGUCCAGAAUCCCAUGGCGUUACAUUUCCUUCUUGCCUUUUCACACAGCGAACUUGCUAUCCAUCAUGGUUUCAGUCAUAGACCGCCUCUGGAGUCUUAUUUGCAUUUUCAGAACGGGUCACAGCUAUUAAGCCAGGCGCUCGUGACAUUAUCGCCUAUGAAUCACGUCGCGAUGAUGUUGUCGUUUUUGUAUCUUUAUAUGUUUUGGAUGAGGAGAGAUCCGUUGGAGGUGGAGAGAUUGCGGGAGUUGAGUACUUCGAUUCUUGCGUAUGUCACGACGUUUUCGCUGGAUGAGGUCUGUGCCAAUUCGAGUAGGAGCACAGGAACGUCGGAACCCGUUACGCUGUCGCGGAUCUUGACAUACAUUUAUGACCGCGAUGUGUUCUGUGGCUUCUUUGGCUGUGGUGCUGCUUUUGCGGGCUAUGUUAGCCAGAAGCACGAGACCAGGCAACGAAUAUGGCUCUUGUCACGUAUGCCGAUACUACCAGACCAGAGGGAGACGUGGUUUAGCCAGAGUAGCGAGCUGGCUGUACUUGGGAAGUGGCUGGAGAUUAGAAACAAACUGGACAAGAUACGAGAGGAGCAGAACUUUCUCUUCACCUUGUCAAGAGACUGCGCCCAACAGUCUACUAAACCACCACUAAUGGCCCUCGUAGCUGUAACCAUCUUCCAUGCCCUGGAGAUUUACCUGUAUCGCAGCCGCGACACAUUCUUCGGCGAGACACCAGUCCCAGCUGAUAUCGAGCGCGCACUCCAGGAACUAGUCUCAGCAGCAUACCACACCAUCCCCGUCGGACCAGUACAGCUUCUAGAGCGCUUCCAAUGGGCACUUUUAAUCGGAGGCAUCGAGACACAUGACCCUGUAUACCGAGAUUGGAUCUCGGCGAGUAUUUCAGACCCCGUUAUCAAGGGCGUUUACAAUCUCGUCGUGUCGGCUAAGACACUGUCGGCUAGGGGAAUAUCGAUGGAGGCGGUUCGCGAGUUAGUUAGCAAGCAGACCAUGAAUUAA